CGAUGAAACUAUUUACAGAGUUGGAGUCCACAGUAAUCUCUCAGUACUUUCCACCUACCGUCAGUCUGAUGCAGUUCCAUGGGAAUCUCCCAGUCAUCUGGGACCCUGACUUCUCAAAUUUUCAUGAUAAUGCAUAUGCCUACUACUUAGUAAGCGUAUUAAGGGACACCAAAAGUUUUUUGUAAUUUGCCAGCAGUAGUGGCGCCACUGAAAUGAAUUAAUCAUUUCACGGCCAAGCGGCUUGAGCUUGGACUUCUUGGAGCCGCCCUGAAAGUUGUUAUCAUUCGCAAACGGUGUACACUCUGAAGAUACUGUGCACACGUGUUCACUGCCACCCAACUAGCACACUUAUAUGCUCGGAUCGUCAUGUCUGUAAAGCUACUUUAAAGCGGAGAAUCAUGUUCUCAGGCUGUAGGCUCUGAGCAGAGCUGACUCCCAAUACCAGUACUCUAGCUAGUGGACUACAGUGGACCCUCACCAAUCAGUUCUUGUAAAAAACUCACCAUGUCAGCCAGUUCUGUUUUCUCAACCAUUUUGUAAGAAACGUCAAGCAGCAACGUUUUAGUGUAACACAGGUGCAACAUCCUAUGCAUUUCCAAUGAUUGAAAAACUAUUGCAGCAACAAGGAUCUUCCCAGGAGCAACAUCAAGAGAUUGCCAAAUUCAGAGAAAGAUUGAUUAACUUUCAAGCAUAAAGUUGGAACAUGAG